AUGGCCGGGGGAGUACGGCCGGCGUAUCGAGCGGCGACUGCGAUCUCGCCGCCGUACGUCAUGUACAAUGCCAGCUCGGGCAGUUUUUACGGAUAUUGCAUCGACCUGCUGAACGAUAUUGGAUCCGCGGCGGGCUUCGAUUACACCAUCAGGGGAUCGUUCGACGAGCAUUACGGGCACAGGGACCUGAGGAACGGCAGCUGGAACGGCAUGGUCUACGAAUUAAUGAAGAACACGUCAGACAUCGCCGUCGGCCCGAUAUGGAUCACGUCUGACAGGGCCGAGGUGGUGGACUUCGCGAUCCCCUUCGGUCGGAGCGGUUUCACGGUAAUGAUGCUGAAUAAAAGGAAACGCGUGCCGUUCCUGCGUUUCCUAAUGAUCCUGGACAUCGAGAUCUGGCUGAGCCUGCUGUUCGCGUUCCUGUUAACGAUGCUGCUGUUGCUCGUGCUGGAGAGGUACUCGCCGUUCAGCUAUCGGAACAAUUGGCCCGAGCACCGAGACGAACCGGACGAUCGAUUCGCCACUUUGAGGGGCUGCUUCUGGUUCGCGUUAACGUCGCUGACGCCCAACGGCGGCGGCGAGAUUCCGAAGAAUCUGUCGGGCAAAGUGGCCGCCGCGACCUGGUGGCUGUUCGGGUGCGUCGUGGUCGCCGCGUACGGCGCGAACCUGGCCGCUUACGAGUCGCUCGAGAGAUUGGAGAAGGGCAUCGAGUCCGUCGAGGAUCUCCUGAAACAGUAUCGCGUCUCUUACUCCACCGUGGAGAACUCCGCCGCGCAGAGAUACUUCCAGGCGAUGAAGAGGACCGAGGAGAUGCUUUACGGCGUUUGGAGACGAAUAACCCUGGACGAGAACACGCCGGAGUGGAAGAGAUCCGAGUACGCCGUGUGGGAUUAUCCGCUGGAAGACAAGUUCACGAAGAUGUAUUACGCGAUGGAGCAAGUGGGAUUUGUGCGGGACGCGGCGCAAGCCGUGAAGAUGCUCCGGGAAGUAAACCGCACUUUCGAGUUCGCUUUUAUAGCGGACGCUAUGACCAUAAAAUACCUGAUACUGACGAACUGUGACUUCAGGCAGGUCGGCCGUGAGUUCAGCAAGAGGCAGUUCGCGUUCGCCGUACAAAAGGGUUCGCCGUUGAAGAGGAAAAUCGACGACGCGAUCACACGUCUGGGGAUCCGAGGUAGAUUAAAGGAGCUCGAGAGAAAAUGGUGGGACGAGAACCCUUUGAGGGCGAAUUGCCCCGCGGACGAGGACUUCAAUGCAGGCUUCGGCCUCGACCAUUUGGCAGCGGUAUUCUCGUUGAUCCUGGUCGGCAUAUUGCUAGCCGUGCUGAUAUUAUGCCUGGAGUACGCGUGGCACACGCGGCAGCUCAGGCGGCGCGACAAAAUGGCGCAUCUCUUCGUCAGGAACACGAUGGCGCGGAACGAGGCGCGCGGGAGUCGAUGAAACGCUCGAAAUCGAAGAAAAAUUUGCAAAUUUAAAGAAAAAUUAACUUAUAAUUGCA